AAUUUAGUCAGAAAAUCCAGGAUAGUAGUUUGUCCAAUUUUUACAGCGUUUUGGCUCUUGCAGCGGACGGUCACACAGUCACUUGUUCGUAUGCGUGUGAGUGUGACAGCAGUACGGCCGAGUGCAGCGCGACUUGCAGUAAAGGAGAGAAAUUUAAAGUUGUUAAUUGUAGAGCUUCCACUGCAGCAAAAGAAUACUUAAAAUUAACAAAGUUUAGUGUGCCAAAUAAAAGAAAAAAUGACACGAAGGAAUGGUUAAGAACCAACGACUAGCAUUUGCGGCACAGGCAAAUUAACAACAACAACAAGAGCCAGAACAAGACGCUGCCGCGGCCACUCCUUUUGUGCCCGUUGUCUCGCUCCAGAAAAAUGUGUGUGUGCGUGCGUGCGUUCGUAGUGUGUAGUUGAAAAAAUAAAAAUAAAUUUGUGCCCACUGCAUUAAAUUAAAAAUUUGUUGCAUUAAUUAAGGCAAUAAAAAGUGAAAAUUCUACAAAGCAGCGUACAAAAAUGGCAAAGUGGGUUUUUUUUACUGUUGCUGUCUGCUAAAGCUCAAGCAAACUUAACUAGAGAUAAGCGAGCGAACGUACAUUAAAACAUAGACACGCACACAGAUACACACAUACAUACAUAAGCAGGCAGACACACGAAUAUACUGAGCACGGCGUGUCCGUAUGUGUGUGUGCUUGUUUAUGACUCACGGCUGGCCCUGUGAGUGAGUGUGUGAGUGCAAGUGAGAAAGCGCUAGAGCGCUACCUACGGCAACAAAACAACAAAACACGCUUCUACAGAAUUUCCCAAGCAUUUAUAAAAUUUUCAACGUUGUGGAAAACAAAGAACAUAGAGAUUAAGUGAACUAUAGGGAAAUAACACAAACAUGAGUUUCGCAAAGUGGUUCAAGAAGAAGGAGCAAAUCUCCGAGAUUGGCGCCCCAACAAAUUUUCAACGGCAUUUUCAUGUCUCACGCAAUCAGGAGACGGGCGAUCUGGAGGGUUUGCCCACGCCCUGGGUGCGCCUGAUGAACACACAAAUCACACGCGAUGAGCAGGACAAAAAUCCAGAUGCAGCUUAUCAUGCGGUCAAAUAUUACAAUUACUCCAUUAAGAAAAAAGAGCAGGAGGUGUUCAAGCCCUUUAUUACGGAGGAUGUCAUACACGAGGAGUCCAAAGAGAUUGAUAACUAUGUCAAUUACAAGAACAAACACAAAUCGCAGGACAUUGAUAAAUCGGAUGACGAUGGCAGCGGUAGCUCAACAGCAACAGAGAGCAGCAGCAGCGGUUGCGGCAGCUCCGCGGCGAACAGCAACAGCAGCAGCCUCAAUGAUAGCAGCCAACAGUCUGUCAUACCGCUCGAUGCGCUAAACGAUGUCAUCAAGGAGCUGGAAUCAACUUUGGGUCGUGAAACCCUCAAGCCGGUUAAGCCGCACAGCGGCUUGGAGCCGCCGCCUGUGCCGCCCAAGAAAUCGCCACAUCAACUGCCGCCCAAGCCACAAAUUAAACCAAAACCCUCGAGCGUCAUCCAACAAAAAUUCUCACGUGAUCUGCGUAGCCUAGAUGGGGAACCACACAAGAUUAAUACAGAUACAAUUAUUAUUAAGCCCAACACCCAGGGCAGCGCCAUCCAGGAGGGCGGUAUCGAUGCCGAUGCGCCAGAGGAGACCAUAUUGCGUCGAUCCAAGGAGAAGCGUGCACAGAAAACGGAUGCGGAGAUCUAUGAUGAGCUGCGUGCCAUUUGCAAUCCAGAGGAUCCGCGUGAACGUUACAAGACCAGCCAAGAAGUGGGUAAAGGUGCAUCCGGCAUUGUAUUCAUAGCUGGCGAUAAGCAAACGGAAACCCAGGUGGCAGUCAAAACAAUUGAAAUGAAAAAUCAAUCCUCCAAGGAUCUCAUACUGACCGAGAUACGUGUGCUCAAGGAUUUCAAUCAUAAGAAUCUGGUCAAUUUUCUGGAUGCAUAUCUGCUAGAGCCGGAGGAUCAGCUCUGGGUGGUCAUGGAGUAUAUGGAUGGCGGUCCACUCACCGACGUCGUCACCGAGACAGUCAUGAAGGAGCGUCAAAUUGCAUGCGUUUGCCGUGAGGUCCUCUAUGCGAUUAGCUUUCUGCAUGCCAAGGGCAUUAUACAUCGGGACAUCAAGUCUGAUAACGUGCUGCUCGGCAUGGAUGGUUGUGUGAAGGUUACGGAUUUUGGUUUUUGUGCCAAUAUCGAGGGCGACGAGAAGCGUCAGACCAUGGUGGGCACACCGUACUGGAUGGCGCCGGAAGUGGUCACACGCAAAAAGUAUGGCAAAAAAGUGGACAUCUGGUCCAUUGGGAUAAUGGCGAUCGAAAUGAUUGACGGACAGCCUCCCUAUCUGUAUGAGACGCCACUACGUGCGCUCUACCUAAUUGCCGCCAAUGGACGACCUGAUAUUAAGAGCUGGGACAAACUGAGUCCCAGCUUGCAGGAUUUUCUCGAUCGUUGUCUCCAGGUCGACGUGGAUCGUCGUGCCACAGCCGAUGAGCUCCUCAAGCAUCCGUUUCUUGAUGAUUGCAGCGAGGUGAAGGCUUUGGUGCCCAAUAUUAAGGCUGCCAAGAAGGUUCUCAGACGCAAUGUAUAGUUAAUGUGUCAACAACAUCAUCGAGCUGGCAAAUUGCUCUAUGCGUGAUGUGACCAAACGACUCACCCUGUAUAUCCUGUGUAAGCCCCCCCAUUUCGUAGACGUUCUUCUAUUGUGUAUAAAUUCGAAAUCUGGAACAAAAUGCUGAUUAGUCUUUCAUGAAAACGUAGUCACAACAACAACAAAAACAACAUAAAACGUAACAAGUCACAUACAUACAUACAUAUGUAUGUGUGUCCCUCCGUCUGUCGUCUGUCCAGCUGACGCACGCAUUGCACAUCGCUGGCCGAAAACAACGUUAAGUGGACAAGGCCAAUGGUCGGCGCUAAUCACAACAACAACAACCACUACAACAACAACAACCACUACAACAACAACAACCACUACAACAACAACAACAACAAACGCCGAACAAAACACAGAAGGUGCAAAGAAGUGACGUCACAGCAGCCGCAGAUGAGAAAGCAGCUUACGAAGUUUGUUUUUGGUAUAGAUUAGACGGUUUACAGUUGUUCGACUGUUUUGCUUACUAUAUUUUACUUUGCCUGAGACAUACGAUAUUCAUGCAUACAUCUAACAAUACUUCUAAAUAUAUUUGUGUAAGUAUAUAUGACUGGCUGAGUGUGCCCCUGUGUAUACCUAGGCGGGUAUAUGCAAUACAAUUACGAUUACGAAAGCAUACAAUAGUUUAAUUAUAUUUCACACACAGCUGAUAUAAAAAUAUUGAAAUAUAAUAUUUAUUAAGUGGACAUUAGAUGCAUAAAUGUUAAAAUAGUGUAUACAUAUACAUAAAUGUGAUUUAAGCGAUUUUAUCAAAGCUGCAUUAUGCAAUUCUACAUAAAAUUCGUCGUAGUCUCUAAGUGCAACAACUAAAAACAAAACGAUUAAGCAAAUGAAACAUGCAAUACUUGUUGUAAAUUACCAAAAACAAAAACAAAAAAAAACAAAUGAAAAAUCGUUAAAAUGUAACAAGUGGAAAUGAGUGUAACAAGUGCCAUUAGGACUAGCUAGCAGCAGUGAGUGGACACAAACAACACCACCAACAACAACAACAACAACCAUACAAGUAAAGCCAACAACAACGAAAACAAAAACUUCCUAGCUACAUAUACUUUUAAACAAUUCUUAGCAAAUUGGCAGCAUUAUCUACAAAAAAAAUUUAAUAGAGAGAGAGAGAGAAGAAAAAAGAAGAUAUUCCCAAGAAAAUUCAAACGUGAGAUGGUUCUAUAUUCCAUUUAAAUUAGUACAAACGUAAGAAAAAUAAGCUUAACCAAACUAAACACAAAAGAAACAGAACCUUAUCCCAGACAGUUGUCCUAAUUCAAGAAUUGCACCCCUCCCCCAAAAAAACAAAAACAAAAAAUAAAUUGAUUGCCAUAAACGUAGCGCACAAAUGAAAUGCGAUUGAACUAUACAAAUGCGCUAUGCUGUUAUCUAACGGUAAUGUGUGUGUCAAAAAUGAUGAUAAUUCAAUAUAGGGAAAAUACAUAUGCAUAUACUGUAUACAAAAAUAUGUAGGACGAGGUACAUUUACCUAGAGUAAUUCCCAUGAAAAUUUUUCGCGCGAAUGCCAAAUACAAAUAGCAGAGAGAGGGACAGGUAGAGUGGAAGAUAAGUGAAAGGAAAAAGUUUAAUUCCACAAUAUUUUACGUAUACCUUAGCCGAAAUAAUCAACGAGUUUACGUUUUGGCCUUUUCGAUUUAGUUGAAAUAUUUGAAUGCUCUUUCCAAAUUUUAAAAUCAACUGCCAGUACCCAAACGUUACAAACUAGUCGCUGACUUUUGCAAUUGGAGUUAAAUGAUGUACAACACUGGUUUUGGUUGGAAAGAGUAUGGACAUCUUCGGUGCGCCGAUGCUUAGCUUUCUUUACUUGUUAUAUACAUUGUAUAAUAUAAACAAAAAUUUUUAUGCAAUAGCUUAGUAGUGAGCGGCUAUUUUUUAUACAUUUCCACACAUAAUGGCCCGCCACAUAUUUCCAUAUGCAAUGUUAGUAGCCAACGACUGCUGCUGUAGAACGGUCAUAGUUAAAUUAAAGAACCUAUUUUAAUUAAUUGCAAAGUGCACCCUGUGAUUGUAACCAUAAAUGUAAUAAGUGGAAACGUUUGCAUUUUGACAAUACUUUCUUUUUUAAGUAUAUUAUUAAAAUUGAUACAUUUGGUGUUUUACCAAAUUUACAUUUGGUAUUUCUCGUACAUUGCAAUUGCAGGGUGUGCACAAUUUGAAAUAUAACAAAAACAAAAAAGAAAGAAAAUAAGUACGUAAUGCAUUUGUGCAUCAUUUAGAGCUUAAAUAAAAUAUUAAUUUUGAUUAGAUCGCUUAACGACAGUGUAUUAUUAGGCAAGGCAACGAACGCAAAGUAUUUUGGAUAUGAAGAAAUCUAGAAAAGUAUUCUGAGCCAGUUGGCAGAUAACGCAGACAUACCCAAACAAACAUAAUCGCAAGCGCAUUUAAACAAAUAACGAAAAGAAUAAAACUAAAGGCAAUGAUUACAAUUAAACGGAACGAAGCGGAACUUAAGUCUUUAAAAAGUAGCAUAAUUUUUUUAUACGGAAUUUUUAUUGCAAUUGUAAAAAAAAGAAACAUUAAUGAACUAUGAGAAAACUGUAUGUCAUCCAAGAAAAUUUUUGAUAAAAUCCUUAAUCCGUUAUAUUCAUAACUUAUAAAAGCAAGCAAAGAUAUACAUACAUAUAUACAUUUACAUAAUAUACAUUCAAACAAUUGGCGCUAUUUAAAUUUAAAUGUAGUUAAAAUACAUAUUAUGCAUAUUACCUACGCUGAUUGAUAUACAUAAUAAUAUUAAAUAAGUACAUACAAAUACUUAUCGCAGAACUUUACAAAUAUUGUGUAUUUUAUCAAAAGGUUUUAUUCUUAUUUUUUGAUUUUAGUCCGAUAUUGCACAUAAUUCCACGCAAGAAGUUUUUAAUGCAUUUUUUUUUUUGCAAUUGUUUACCUAAGUCGUAAUCGUAUAUUACACAUUUAAUUGAAAUAAUUAUAAUUAUAUUUUGCAAUCUAUAAUAUACUUUAUUUUUAACAAUUACGAGCUGAUAGUAUGCAUAUAUUUAGUUUUAAUCUACACACCCAUACACACACCGUCGUUUGAGCGUACGGUUAUUUACAAUUUUAUACGCACAACUUGUAUGUAUUAUUUUAGUUUGCACUGUAAUUUUUAUUUUGUGUUGUUAAAUAUAUCGUUAUUUACUUA